GGGAGAGCUAUAAAGGAGAGUGUAUAAUCACAUAGGGACUAACACCAGAGACAUACAGACAGCAGACAGGAGAGACAGAUAUUAUGGAGAUGGAAGAGGAGACUGACAACUUGACCAUCUUCCUGGGGAUGCCAGACUGUGAAUAUGAUGAAUGGGAACCGUCCGUUGGGCUGAUUCCAACCGCAUAUCUCCUUAUUUUCUUCCUUGGCAUCACUGGCAAUGGGCUGGUGCUGUGGGCAAGCCGUCGACGCAAGGACAGGCCACGGGCCGCGGACUCCUUUAUACUGCAGCUGGCACUUGCUGACCUGGCUUUUGUGGUAACCCUGCCACUGUGGGCAGUCUACGCAUCCCUCGGGUACCACUGGCCCUUUGGCAAAGUAGCCUGCAAACUCAGCGGCUACCUGGUGCUACUCAAUAUGUAUGCCAGUGCUUUCUGCCUGACUGGCCUGAGCUUGGACCGGUACAUAGUAAUAGUGCUGUCCCCAGGGCCAGGUCACCCGCGCUCUCCACUCUCCAGCCCACUGGCAACCGUAGUGACCUGGGCAAGUGCUGGACUCCUCGCCCUCCCUGCCCUCAUCUUCAGGAACACAGGACAGACGGAUGAGCUUUGGGACAACCGUACUCUGUGCUACAUGGACUACUCAAUUGUGGACAGCAGUGGCCAAACUAACUCGUGGGAAGCUGGACUGGGAUUUUCAUCCACCCUGUUGGCCUUUGUAGCUCCAUUUUGCGUCAUCCUCUUCUGCUACGUGGGCAUUGGUCGCAGAGUCUCAGGCCACUUCCGCCUGCCCCUGGUUGCCAGCCGAAAGCGGCGAUUAUUAGCCAUAAUGAUUGGACUGGUGGUCACUUUUGGGGCAUGCUGGGCCCCUUUUCAUUUAGUGAAGAGCAUCUAUGUGCUGAUGAAUGCAGAGGUUUUGCCCCUGAGCUGCGCCUUGCACGUCUUCCUAAACAACCUGCACCCCUAUGUUACCUGUUUGGGAUAUGCCAACAGCUGCCUGAACCCAGUGCUGUAUGCGUUUCUGGACCCCAGGUUCAGAGGACACUGCCGCAGAUUGCUGGGGUGUGGAAGCAUCUUCCAAGGUAAUGAGAAACAAGUGGAGGACAAGGAGCAGAAGGCAGGGGCAGGCAGUUCUUCUGCUGAAGGGGGUAAGCCUGUCAAAGUCUCCACAGAAGAGGAAGAGAUGACCGGUAUAAAGGACUAAGUGCGGGAAACAAGGCAUAUAAGGAACUAUUUUAUAUCCCUUACAUCACUUUGUGCCGGUGCUUUGUCCCAGACGCUCCUGCAUUUAACUGUUCAUUUGACUUUCAUACAAUCCUAUCACAGAAGAAAGGACUCUGAUGGAUUCCAGGAUUCAGGUGUUCCCCAAAGACUAGAGCACUUAUUAUACUGUGGGUGUUUGGGAGGACACUAUGUUCUAUAUUUUGUAUGUUUUUUUUUUUACACUUUUAAUAAUAAAAAAAAAAAGUUAUAUGGUUACAUUAAAA